UUCAUCGAACACCUUGGAUUUCCAUGGCUGCGGAUUUGCAGGCCACUGAAGCCGCUGAAGCCGCUGAAGCGGCUGCCACGGAAGCCGAAGAGCUCCAAACGUGUGGAAGGGAGAAGGAGGAUGAAGAUCUGAAAGAUCUGGUUGCUGAAGAAACCAAAGAUGCUGAUGCAGACGCUGAAGAGGUCGAUGCUGAAGAUGAAGGUGAAGCCGAUGAAGCUGAUCAAGCUGAUCAAGCUGAUGAGGAAGAGGCUGAAGAGGCUGAAGAGGCUGAAGAGGCUGAAGAGGCUGAAGAGGCUGAAGAGGCUGAAGAGGCUGAAGAGGCUGACGAGGCUGAAGAGGCUGAAGAGGCUGAAGAGGCUGAAGAGGCUGAAGAGGCUGAAGAGGCUGAAGAGGCUGAAGAGGCUGAAGGUCAAGAGGAUGAAGAGAUACAAGAAGCUGAAGAAGCUGAUGUUCAAGCAGAGGAAUAUGCAGAGGAAGCUGAGGAUGAACCUAGUGCCGUGGAGGAGACCUUUGAGGAAACCUGGGCUGCUGAAGGUGCAGUUGAGGAAGACUUGGAGGAGGAGCCUCCCCGCGCUUCUGCGAACACACGAGGUGGCCGCGCGUCCGCCUCAGCGGCCUCAGCGAAGGAGUCCUGGCCAUCUCUUCCAACCAGGCCGGCUCCCCGCCGUUGGACUGGUCGCCCGCAGGAGAACGGCAAGAGUGCUGCGAAUGGCAAGGAGGGAGCGACAUAUUCCAAUGGCUACAGCAAUCAUGAUCCGGACUUGCACUCGCAGCUGAGGCAGCUGGAGGAUGAGAAUGAAGAGCUCCGAAAGGAGCUAAGCAACGAAAAGAUGAGAGUGAAGCAACUGCAAAAACUUCAAGUGGAAGCGGCGCAGGCGAAUCACCGGGAGUUUGAAGCCAAGAAGCGCGAGGCAUCUGCCCUCCGAGAGCUUGAGGAAGCCAAGUCCUAUGUCGCCCGCAGGCACACCUUUGCCUUAAAUGAGAAGGCGGAACUGCUGCAGAAGAUCCAAGGGUUGGAAAAGCAGUUGCCCGGGCAUCCAAGUGGAAAACCCCCCCUGAGGCAGGAAGCCAAAGACCGUGAGGUGGCGUUGAAUUUGGAAGCUCAGGCCUGA